AUGUCUAGAUUUUUCCAAAGCCUAGAUGAGGAAAAGCAGGAAGUGAAAAAGAAAACAACUGCGAUAAUCGAGAAAGUACACGAGAAGCUUUCAAAGCGGGAACAGAAGCUGAUGGAGUUAUCUUCGAAAGUUGACGAGGUAAAGAAUGCAGAAAAGAAUUUUGAGAAGCUGUUCAGAAAGCUUAUGAAUGAGAUAAAGAAAUAUGUCUCCUACUUUGAAGAUAACGAAGUUCCGCGGUUUUUACGCGAUUUUUUCAACGAGGAACGCAUCAAAUCCUCAAAGUCAAUGAGCUCUGCUGCUUCCGAGUUUCUUUCCCAGUUUGCUGCUCAAAGUGGGAUUAAAACUGCACAGAACGAGAUUAGAACUUUAGAUGAGAAGAAAAUAGUUGGUAAGAAAAAGGAAAAGGACCUUGAUUCUAUUCUAAAGAUAGAAGACGAUGCUGAAAAGGAAAAGGAGCUGUGCUCAUAUUUAGACCAGUGCACAGAUCCAGCUUCUACAAAUGAGGCCAGUGUUGCGUUAUUUUCAAUAUACUCCAGAAUGAAGGAUGUUGGAAGGAUGAUUGAUGUAUUAAAGAGCAUGGACCUAUCCGCUUACGAUGCAUAUGCAAAGAAUGUCUGUGACAAAAUUGACGUCUAUCUUGGAAAGAUAGUUGCCCUUAUGAGUGAUGUUAGCGACACUGAGAUACUUGCAAGGUACGCAUCCCUUCUAAGUUCGUUAGAAGAAAAUAACGAUCAAAUUGACAGACAUGUCAUUCAGGGAAGGGCCCUUGAAUUUAAAUUUCUAAAGCAAAAUGAAUGUCCCGAAAACGAUCAUCCUGUUUUCAGACUUCUUUACUUGACUAGAAACAAGCUUUGGAAUGAGGCGCUAUUGCACUACAAUUCUAAUUCUCACGUCUUUGAAGCUUUGAACAUGGAUGGAUCACCAAAAAGCCUUUCAAUAGUUUUGACACUUUCCGAAUUUUCAAGAUUAGCAGUUGAAAACAGUGAGUAUGAGCUUGCCUUCAAUAUCUAUUUAAAGUGCAAUGAAACGGGUCUUUUGAACCUCCGAUUGGAAAUAUAUGCAUUGUGUGUUAUUUUGAACGAAAAGCUCAUUGGAGAUCCUUGUUUUGAGGAGUUUAUUGAAUUUUUCAAAAAAUUUGAUGCAAACUACCUGUGUCUGCCAUCCCAGGAUCCUUUCAUUGAAAUAUGUAGAGCAUUUUACUAUUUAAACAUUCUAGAUUUUGUAGAGGCUGCUUCAAUAAUUGAGAGCUCAACAGGAUUUCAGGUCCUUUCUAGGCUUGAAGAGUCGGCGAUGUCAUUGUACAACAGGAAAUAUGCCUACCAGCACCAAUCUUAG